AUGUCUGACACUGAUGGGGCUAAGAGAUCACAACACAACCAGAUGCUGUUUUUAAUCUACAUCCUUCCUCUUCUAUCCCACACGACUGCAAAAGUGGACACGGGAACCUUGUCCAAUUUGCAGAACUGGCAGUUCAUAUCCCGGUUCUGCUACAAAGGUGGUGUUGGUGCCAGUUCAACAUCAGACAAACGAAAGUUUCGCUUCAAAGUUGAUUAUGAAGCAGAGAGCUGUGGCACAGAUCUAACACUGGCCUUGUAUUACGACAGCCCGGAGCAGUGGGCCAGUGUGUACAAGUCCAACCUGAGUUGUGAACAGAGAGUGGGAAAAGCCAGAGGGAGAAUACAACUCGUAUCUAUGUUGGGAGCCUGUUCUUACCAGAAAACGGAGAAGAUUUGCAAGUGUGAUGGAAGCAGGUUUCUCGAGGGAAUGAGGGCUAGAUGGUGGUACGUUGCCAUCUCUAGCUGUCGGCCAGAGUCCCGGAUUAACAUCCGAGCAGUAAACUACACCCUGACUUUUACAAACGGUGAUCACUUUACCGAUAAACACUUCUCUGCCGACGAGAUUGGCAUUACAGAAACCAACUUCGUGGUGACGGUUCUAAUGAUCUUCAUCUUUGUGAUUACCUCCCUGUACGCUAAUCUUCUCGUUAAAAGACGACUAUAUCACGGAACUUUCAAGCUCUUCCAAUGCUCGGUCUUCCUUUACUUAUGUCGGUGUGUCUUAACAGUAUUUUACCAUAGCAUUUACGGAGUGAGAGGUCACGCCCCCACCACUAUCUAUCGGUUUGGUCAAGUAUUUGAAGUUCUAUCCACCUGUAUAUUCCUGGGUCUGCUGCUCUCAUUUGCUAGUGGUUACACUAUCGUUAUGUCUGCUCUGACAGUCUGCGGUUUCGGGGCACUUGUAUCCUUUACUGGAAUGUUCUCUCUGUUCAUGUUCGCUUCGUUGAUAUGGGAGUGGAAUGUGUUCGACCCAGCUGCUGUGCUCUACACCUACCAGUCUCCUCCGGGCAUAUUCCUCACCGUUAUCUACUUUCCUGCCUGGGUCUACUUUAUUUGUAACUGUGUUUACACGGGCGCCAAGUUUCGGAGGAAGAUACCGUUCUAUAUUGCGUUAGGAUACUUUUACAGUGUUUGGCUGUUGGCAAUCCCGCUCCUUAUUCUGAUAGCUAACAAGUAUUUGGAGGAUUGGGAGAGGAUGAAGACGGUGACAAUAGCGCAGCAGAUGGUCUGGAUUCUCAGCUACAGCUACCUUCUCUUCAUCUUCAGACCUGCUCACGGCAACAAACACUUUCCUUUUCAUUUAAGAGCCACUAAAGUUGGAACUGAUUUAAAUGAGGAAACUGCCCAGGAUAAUAACUAUGAAGCGGAACCUGGGGCUCAGGAUAAGGAUGCGAAUAAUAAUGAACAUGUUGAAUUACAACAAGAUCCACCUGUAUCAGCAUACGCAGAUAUUUUCACUGUAGUAUAUGACACUGCAACGUGAUUGGUGACUCUAUUCAUUCAAGCCUUAAAGAAAUUGUGAUGCGAUCAUUUAAAUUUGAUAUUAAAAACAAUGCUUGCUUCGAAUCUUAAAAUUAUGUUUAUGAACAUAAUAGCCUGGGGUCCCCAGGUAAGGUGAAUAAGGUUUCACAGUGGCUGAUAGUGAUACGAGAACAGUGGCUGAUACCGUCAUGACGGUAUUUUUAUUUUGCGAUUCAAAGCUGAGAUAUUGUAAUUUUUUUCGCCUGAAAUUGAAUUUCGUUGUG